AUGACUCUGAACGGAAUCGGACGGUUCGAGCGUCUGAACGAUAUAUCGGUUAACGUGUACACCGUCGUAGAGAGACGACGCGGGAAGGACGGCGACGGCGGGAUUCGCAUCGUCCCUCUUCGUCUGACGGAUCGAAAGAGGGAGAGAUACGUCAAUCUGCUGUAUCUGAGCGAUGCGACGCGCGAGGGUAACGCGGUCGGACAUUUCGCCUGUAUUCGAGAUCUGUCUCGUCUGAUCGGCUCGCAGUUGAGCAAGCUACAGCACAGGACGCACGUGUGCGACCGAUGCAUGCAUUACUUUCGCACGAGCGAGAAGCUGUCGGCGCACAGCGAGGAUUGCGGCAAGCUGAACGAUUGCGCGAUCGUUCUUCCCGGCGAGGACGACAGGUGGCUGGAGUUCGAGCAUCAUUCGAGAAAGGAGCGAAUUCCGUUCGCGGUGUACGCCGAUCUGGAGUACGCGUUGGAGAGGAAGGAGGGGGACGAGGGCGGGAGAACCAAGAAUACGCGGAUCGUUCAGCAUCACAGAGUUCACAGCGUGGCCUAUUACACGCGUUGCUCCUUCGACGACGCCGCGUCGGCGUACGGAUCUUAUCGCGGCGAGGAUUGCGUCGCGUGGUUCGUGCGCAAGCUGCGCGAUCUGGCACUUCGCGCGAAGGUCGCCCUCGACGGCGUGGUACCGAUGGCGGAUCUGAUGUCCGACGAGCGGGAGACGUUCGCGGGCGCGUCGCGCUGUCACGCGUGCGAGAGACCGUUCGAGGCCGACGACGUUCGCGUGCGCGAUCACUGUCACUUGACCAGCCGUUUCAGAGGUCCGGCGCAUUCCGCGUGUAAUUUGAAUUACAAGGCCCCCUACGUCAUACCCGUAUUCUUUCACAAUCUAUCGGGUUACGACGCGCAUUUCAUUAUCAAGGAUGUCGCUAAUGCGUAUCCCGGCAGCGUCGAGUUGCCGGUGACGAAGGAAUCGUACAUAGCUUUCUCUAAGACCGUUCGAGAUAGCGCGGCGGCGGCGGAGGGAGACGGGGAAAACGUCGCGCGUUCCAGAUACGUCAAAUUACGAUUCGUGGACUCGUUCCAGUUUUUAGGCGCCGGUCUCGAUAAGCUGGCAUCGUAUCUCGACGAGAGCAAACUGACGAUCGCGCGAGGCGAGUUUCGCGAUCUCUCCGACGACGACUUCUGGCUUCUCACGCGCAAGGGCGUGUUUCCGUACGAGUACGUCGACAGCGUCGAGAGAUUGCGGGAGACGCGUCUCCCGCCGCGCGAGUCCUUCUACAGUUCUCUGACCGGCGACACCGUAUCGGAGAGCGAUUACGCGCACGCGACGCGCAUCUGGAAGCGAUUCGGCGUCGAAAAUCUAGGCGAGUACAGCGAUCUCUAUCUGAAGACCGACGUUCUUCUGCUCGCGGACGUGUUCGAAAAUUUUCGCGCCGCUUGUUUGGAGAGUUACGGUUUAGAUCCCGCGUACUACUUCACGUUGCCGGGAUACACGUGGGACGCGAUGCUCAAGUACACGGGAGUCCGUUUCGAGCUGCUCACCGAUAUCGAUAUGAUGAUGUUCGUGGAACGCGGAAUACGCGGCGGUCUGAGUCAGUGUUCCAACAGUACGCUCGCGCUAACAAGUACAUGA